UAACUGUUUGGUUUAAUGGUCCCAGACUGCUCAGAGUCUUUUUGAGUCACUCUUCUUUUUCUGGCAGCAGAUUAAUGACGUAGAUCAAAUAACGCCAUUAGAGAUUGACACAAAAGAGUCCAGAGAAUCAUGUGUGUGUGUCUGAGUGUGUGUCAGAAAGCUAUUAAUGAUGGAACCUGAAUGAGGAAUGUGCAGAUGGUUGCUAAAAUGGGAUUUUCUGAGCAGGAUAGUGAGUGAUCCGAUGUUGCUUCACACAGAACUAAUUGUGCUUAACUGUGAUUGUCACUUAUCACACAAGUGUGUCAACAGCAUAUGUGCGUUUCUUCUAGUCGGCCUAAAGAGGCCAAUUCUAUACGGCGACGUGAAUACUCGGCCGGAGCCCUUUAGGGUGUGUAAAAAUGGAUUAGUUACACAUUGACAUUUCAAGGUGUGGCAGCUGCAGCCUCAGCUUCACCACCAGCAAGCUCAAGUGUUUUGGUUGAACGCUUUGCACACAAACGGGACAAAUACGUUGACAAUGGAUUUCUAAUGAAGAAUGAAUAAGCCUAAUGAUCAACAUUAGAGUCCGGCCGGCACUCCCCUAACAAGAAAUGCCUCAAAUAACAAGUGGUUUUUGUGUUGGAAAAUAUAAAACACGCAAUGAAGUGGAUGAUGUUCAUUUGACUUCAGAGGACCAACGUGUGUCUCCAAUUUUCUUGAGCUUUCCCAUUUCGUCAAAGGCUCAACAUGAGGCUGUGUGCAUUUUUAGCAUUCGUGUAUGUGAUGACGCCUUCAGGAGUGUGUGGCUUAAAGUGUUUCACCUGCUGGAGCGCAAACCCGGGCACCUGCACUCAGGUGUGGAGCUGUCCUAGAGAGUACGACCGCUGCAGCACCACUGUUGCUGCUGAGAAUAUGAUCACCAAAGAAUGCAUGAGAAGCGACGUGUGCAAUAACGAGGACGCCGUGGGUGUCAGAUGCUGCGCCGAAGACCUGUGUAAUGGAGCUAAACACCGUGGAGUCUUUGUCCCUCUCCUUCUGGCGCCCUUAUUCAUCAUCACGCUCUUCUGUUGAGGAUAAGCUGCCUGAUUUUUACAUUUUCAUGCUUUAAAAAUCAGCUGUGAUGCUUUGAGGGUUUAAACGUGGAGGAAAGGUCCUGGUAAUCAGAGAUAAUCAGAAUAUUUAAAAAUUAAUAUUGAUUAUUUGGAGCAAGGCAUGCCCUGCCUGUUUCCAUGGGUUGAAUUUGAGAAGAGAGCACUAUUUGUUUAAAGUUGACCACACAUGGUCCUGCGUUAGUGAAAGCAGCCAGUAGAGAGCAGUAGAGGAGAAAUAAACUCCUCAUAAUGGUGAGAUUCUUAAAAUAAGAAGCUUGUAGACAGAUAGAUUGCAGUAGUUCUCCUGUUUAUGUCUAUUAUCCAUUCAUAUACUGUAGAUAUGAAGCAAAUGUAUUUGUUAAGUCACUCUAAUAAUAACGUGGUCUGCGAAAUAAAAGCCAAAGAACAACA